GAGUUUUGGUCUUUGGAUGUGUUGGAAUUGGCUCCAAAUACAAAAAUAGGUAUUAAAUUAGUUUUUAGAUUGUGAAUGAGCAAGGAUAAUAAAAUAUUAAAAGCAGACAAAUAUAAUAUAUUAAUUAUUAAAUAUCAUCAAUAAUUGUCAGCUUUAAGUCAAUGCUAUUUUGAUAAGUAUAUUAAAUUUGAAGAAUGUCUUCUCUUAACCAAACUACUAUUGACGAUAUUGUUAAAGAGUGCUUGGAAACAUAUAGAAAAUUACCAAAAACAGGAAAACCAGUGGAAAAUGAAUGGACUGUGCUGUCGUGUGUGAUUCAAUAUGAUAGAAACAGAAACUUCUAUAAAGUUAUAGCUUUAGGAACAGGCUCAAAAUGUAUCGGGGCAAGCAAAAUGUCUCCAAAUGGUAAUUUAUUAAACGAUAGCCAUGCAGAAAUAGUUGCUAGACGUGGAUUUCUGCUGUAUCUUUAUGAUAAUAUUGAGCAGUGUUUACAGAAUAAAGAUUCUAUUUUUGUUAUAAAAGAUUCACUAUGUAGACUGAAACCAAAUAUUGAUUUUGUUUUCUAUUCAUCGCAGUUACCUUGUGGUGAUGCAUCCAUUAUUCCAAAGGAGGAAACAUUGUACGAUCAAGUGGGAGAUGUUGUGUGUUCAAUCAAAAGGUCAGCAGAUGAAGAUAAAGAUGAUGAUUAUAUUUGCAAAAAGUCUAAAAUCGAUGAUAUAUACAGAACAGGUGCAAAAUGUUUAGAAAAUUCAGAACAAGAUCCAAAAUUACCAGGGAAGGAAUAUCAUCUCUUAGGUCAAGUGCGAACCAAACCCGGCAGAGGAGAUAGAACUCUUUCUGUUUCAUGUAGUGACAAAAUAGCUCGCUGGAUACACACAGGCAUUCAAGGAAGUCUUAUUGACAUGUUUUUAUUGGAGCCAAUAUAUAUAAAACAUUUUAUAUUUGGUGCUAAAGUUCCAUAUUGUGAAGAUAGUUUGAAAAGAGCAUUUUUUACUAGAAAUAUGACCGAUGUUUCCAAGCUUGAUUCUGUUCCAUGUUUUUAUCAAAGUACUCUUCCGUUUGCUCAUAUUAGAUCAAAAGAAGCUAAAAAACCUUCACCAAGUAGUAUUAUUUGGAUAAACAAUGGAAUCUUUGAGGUGGCUGUGCAAGGAAAGAAAUUAGGGGUAACAAAGAAAAAGGAAAAUGAACCUGGCAACUAUUUGAGUAUUUGUAAACAUAAUCUAUUUAAAAAUUUUUAUAGUAUUUUAAAUAAAAAUGAGGAAUGGAAACAAAGAGUUUGUGGGAGUGACCAGUUAGAAAACAUACAAUAUAAUGACAUGAAAAGGAAAUCCAAAAGGUAUAUUCAUCAUUGGAAUGAAGUGAAAGAAUCAAUCUUUAAAAUAUGGACCAGAAAGCCAGAUAUAUUCACAUUUAAGAUUUUACUGUGUUCAAACUUCAAAGACAUAGAAGAAUUGAAAUUUGUUCCAACAUUCCAUCAGACGUGCAUUUCGUCAUUGCACACAGAUAAAGGCUUUACGAAAUCCAUUAUCAAGGUAAUCCGUAGCUCGUAGGCAGUAUAAUAUUAU